AUGCUGAAGUUCUGUAAGUUUUAUAUUAGUUGUAUUGAUAGUUUUUAUGGCUUUUUUUAUGCAGUAGCAUUGAAAGGUGGAUUGUUUGCAAAAAGCUUUAGAUUGAAAUUGGAGUUACCAAAUAUUCAUAAAUUUUAUUUUCAAUUUUCUUCUGAAGUUUAUUCUAAAUCUCCUUUUACGCAUUAG